AUGAAAAAUAUUCCAGCAAAAGACUACGGUCUGUUCUUGGCUGACGAAGACCCCACAAAGGGCGUUUGGCUAGAGAACGGGAAAUCCUUGGAGUACUACCUCGUUCGAUCGGGUGAUCUCUUGGAGUAUCGCAAGAAAAUUCGCACCCUCAAGGUGAGGAUGCUAGACGGGUCAACUAAAACGAUGCUGGUCGAUGACAGCCAACCUAUUGGUCAACUGAUGAUCGCUGUCUGCUCGAGAAUAGGGAUCACCAAUCACGACGAAUAUUCAUUGGUACGCGAGCUUCCUCCGGAAGAGGAAAAGGUGAACACCCUGCGGAAAGACGACAGCAUGUCGAAGCUUGGCACGCUGACGCUCAGCCGGUCGAAGGAAAAAAAGAUGGAACUACUGAGGAAACAGCUGCACACGGACGAGGAAUUAAAUUGGGUGGACCAUUCAAAGACUUUGCGCGAACAGGGCAUCGACGAAAACGAAACCGUUCUUCUGCGGCGCAAGUACUUCUUUUCUGACCGAAAUAUCGACGCCCGAGAUCCGGUGCAGUUGAACCUGCUUUACGUUCAAUGCCGUGAUGGAAUCUUGGACGGAACGCAUCCGGUGUCGAAAGAGGAGGCGUUUGUUUUCGCCGGCUACCAGUGCCAGAUUCAGUUUGGAGAUUUCGAAAAAAUGAAAGGCAAAAACAAGUUGGCUCCGCGUCUGUUGGGCAUCAACAAAGACUGCGUGAUGCGCGUGGACGAGAAAACCAAAGAGGUGUUGAAAAUUUACCCGCUUGAGCAAGUGAGGCGGUGGGCCGCCUCUCCAAAUACGUUCACUUUGGAUUUUGGCGACUACCAAGACGCCUAUUACUCGGUGCAGACUACCGAGGGGGAAAAG